AAAUAUGCUAUCACCGUUGCAUCAUUGAUGAUGUUGUUAACAAUGACCCAGAUCUCAAUCGGCAAGCGUGCCACCAAGUGCUCCAGAACAGAGCCGAACAGAACACACAAUGUCGACCCAUUGACGCCGCAUCGACCGGUGUGUAAUCAAAUUUAAUUAAUUGAACCUUUUAUCAGCGUAUCACACUUUCGGUGUACCACUAAAUGUAGGUACUCCCACUCAUCGGAGGGCGCUUCCUUCGGGCACUAAUGGCGAGAUGAUUGUUUGAUCCGCCAGACAACGAACAGGUCGUGUUCCGAUGGGUGAGAGCCGCAUAAAAUAUUCAGUCAUAUCGUCACGAUAGUUUUACGCGGAAGGAUGUUCUUAACGGUCGUUGGGUUGUUGGCACUCCGCGUGAUCGCCGUCGUCUGCGCCCCCCUCGGAGAUGAGGACGAACCCUUCGACUUCGAUUUUUCCGAGUUGGGCGAUGAGCUGUAUUUCGUUGAAACGAGAAAUCACACGGAAAAGUUGCUAGAAGAGUGGAGUGACGACGACGAAAGCAUCAAUCCGGAAGAGAUGGGACCGUACGUGGAAGGGGAUUUCUAUCAACCGGAGCUUGCGAAAAACGCGGUGAAAUUCAAAAGCAAAAAGUGGCCGAAGGGAGUUGUGCCGUACAAAAUUAGCGGAAGUUUCAGUAACAGUGAAGUGCAACGAAUCCAACUGGCGUUCAAAUUAUACCGCUUGAAGACCUGCAUUCGAUUCGUUCCCAGAACCAGCCAAAAGGAUUUCAUUUCCAUCGAGAGAUCUUCCAGUGGCUGCUGGUCAACUGUGGGACGUACGGGAGGUCGCCAGGUGGUCAAUUUGCAGAGUUCUUGCUUUCGGCAGAUUGGAACGGUACUUCACGAGUUUAUGCACGCGUUAGGAUUCCUCCACGAGCACACGCGCCACGAUAGGGACAAAUUCGUCGACAUCAACUAUCUGAAUGUGCGCUUCGAUGCGAUUGGAAACUUUUGGAAGGAAACCAAGGAACGGACCAGCACGUUCGGUACCGGGUAUGACCUGGGUAGUGUGAUGCACUAUUCCCGGAAGGCAUUUAGUUGGACUGGAUUCAACACGAUUGACCCCAAGGUGAAAUUUUCGGGAAAAAUAGGACAGCGCAACGGAUUCUCCAACAACGAUGUAAAACGGAUUAAAGCAAUGUAUUGCAAUGGAUGAACGGUAAAGAAAAAUAUGGCUUUUUU